AUGGACUACAUUCUCAAUGUGUUGCUUCUAGGAAACUUUUUUACCCUUGUGACAACACAAGAAGGCAAUGCAUGUUUAAUGCCAGUGCUGGAUGCCAACAUUGAAACAGUGGCGCAGAAGAGAUACUUUGGCCCCGGUGAAACGUUAGUGCUGUCUUGUAAACUGGGAUACACUUCCACGAUGGGCCCUCGGCGUAUUGUAUGUAUUGAGAAUGGAACGUGGACUUCAACCAAAUUCACAUGCAUCGCAAAGCGUUGUCCAUAUCCUUACCCGCUGUCCAAUGGAGAACUUCAAUAUGAGGAUACAGUGUACCAGAGUACAAUCAACUAUACCUGUCAUGAAGGGUACACGUUGUCUGGACCUAAGAGUGCUACAUGCCAAGCUGAUGGAACGUGGAGCAAUUCAGUGCCAAAGUGCAAACCUGUGUCUUGUGGUCUCGCUCCAAUCCCGAAGUUUGGUCUUAUCGAUUACAACAAAAUAGUCAAAGGAAACACAACUUAUUUCGGUACCUUUGGGAGGUAUAAGUGCCUCCCUCCGUAUGUCCUAAUUGGUAGCCCUCAUGCAGAGUGCACGGCCAGUGGCAAUUGGACCAAGACACCUGAAUGUCGAGUGGUCCGAUGCCCUCCACCAGAGAACAUUUUCAAUGGUUACAUGUCCAACAAUGACCAGAGAAAUUUUAACUUCAUGGAGACAGUGCAGUAUGGCUGCAACGGUGACUUUAUGCUGGAAGGAACCUUUCAAAUUGUUUGCCAGAAAAAUGGAGAUUGGUCUGAAAAACCAUCCUGUAAAGCUCCUUGCAGCAUUGGCAUAAACAGAGGAAGAAUAUUAUACAAUGGCAACAAACUCUGGAUUGGAGACUUCAACCCUAACAGGGUUUUCCAUAAUGACAUUGUGUCAGUCUACUGCUUGGACAAGGGGAGGAAGUGCGGCUAUGCUGUGUCAACUCAGUGCAUCGAUGGAAAACUCAAAAUCCCUGACUGCUAUGAAGAGCCAAGCGGAAUUGAUUAUACCUUUCAUUCUGGUUCACUUCCUUCUGAAAUCAAGCAGUGCUGA